AUGAAAGAAGAGCAUCAUAGAAGUCCCCAAUUCACCAACUAUGGUCGAGUGAGGUGUCCAAGAUAUAAAUUCUAUCACUCACCGUCAAGGUAUUCACAACACCACCAGCACCAUUAUCAUGACUCGGAACAUACAUUUGAAAAGAUUUACCAAGUUCUCGUUCCAGGUAUUCACAAAACCAAUCAAAACUUGGAAGAGUUGAUUCUCACACAAGAGGAAAUUCAAUCGUUGAGUCAUCCAUUGUCACCUCAAUUUAUGCUUGGGCUUGGACAAGCUCCUCCAAAUGAAUAUACAUCCUCACAGAAUGAACCUCCAUUCUAUGUCUUGGAUGUGAGUCGAUUGCUGUCACAGCCUCAAACACAACAAAAUUUUCCUGAAAUUUCAUCUUCACAAUCCUCGUCAUUAUCUUUUCAAACCUUAAACGACGAAGGUGAAAUUGAGGAAUCACAACAACCACCUUCAACCACCACUACCACAGUUAAAGCUAGCUCUCCAGUCAAACAAGAUUUAGAUCCAUUCUGGUCCAACGUAUGUCGAGUGAUAUUGAAUAGAUUCAUGAAUAUCACUCAUUUAAAUUUGGAUUCAAACGGAAUUCAUAGUUUACAAGUGUGGCAACCAUUAGUAAGAUUGAGGCACUUGAUUUCUCUUUCUUUGCGUCAUAAUAACCUGGAAUAUAUUCAAGAAUUGCAACAUUUAAAAGGUUUAGGAAUUGUCAGUUUAAACGUUGCAGGAAAUCCAUUCCUAACUGCACAAAACAAUCAAUUCAUGCGAGAGGAUAUUGCACUUCUCAUUCAAUACUUUCCUUCUCUUGAAAGUGUUGAUGAUUUUAUCAUUCCUGAAGAAUUUAAGGGUGAAACCAUAGUGAUGCGAAAAAGCGUCUUGCCAGGUAUUUUGACGUCAAGUUUCUACGAAAAUACUUUUCAGCGAGAGUAUAUAGAGUGGUUUCUUCUUCAAUACUUUACAUAUUUUGAUUCGAAUCGAGAUCAACUCUUUCAAUUCUAUCAUGAAAAUGCCACCUUUUCCUUCUCUUAUAAUAUGAAUGAAAUUGUUGACUUACCUGAAACAGUCGAAUCUCGUUUCGUAAUGAAACCCUAUAAACCCUACUCUAGAAAUGUUCGAUUCAUCUUGGAGAAGGAAUAUAUUGAUAAGAAUAUUUUAGAAAGCUCAACUAUUAGUUAUGGAAAGGAACAAAUUGUGGCAAGAUUGAGAAUGCUGCCACCAUGCAGUCAUAAUUUGAAUGUGAAAUUAGUGGAUGUUCAGAAUGUACCUUUUUUGAAUGGCUUACUUGUAGUGUUUCAUUGUCCAUGCGAACAGUUUGAUAUGAAAGGUUUUGCGUUUCCUCGUUCGAUCGAUUCCGUGUUCUUCAUGACUGAAAAUCAACCCAUGGAUAUCUCCGCGAGUUUGAAUUUGCCUUUCUUGAUUCGAAAUCAUCAAUACCAUAUUCGACCUUAUUCUUCCCUUAAUUUGAAUCAAUUUCGAUCAGAUGCUAAUAUCUAUGAAGCUUGGAAUUUCGGAACUCCUGCAUCGACAACGACUCCAAAUUUCACAUUUUCUGCUGAGGCCAUUCUCUCAGACUUUUUACAGGCAACAAAACUCAAACGAGAAUUUGCAAUUCCUUGUUUGGAAUAUGUUGGUUGGAAUCUCCAGAAAGCCAUGGAUGUGUUUAUGAUUGAGAAUAGAAAUGGUACAAUUCCGGCCCAAUGCUUUCAAGUGUAA